GUUUAAGGAAAGGGCCGACUGAAAAAAAAAGAAUAAGAAGACGACGACGUGGUCUUCGCCUCUUUGGAGAAAGGUUUGCGGAGAGAGAAUUGCAGAGAUGUCGGGAGGUAUAGCUCGUGGCCGUCUCGCCGAGGAACGCAAAGCCUGGCGUAAAAAUCACCCCCAUGGUUUCGUGGCUAAGCCGGAGACUCUGCCUGAUGGUUCAGUGAAUUUGAUGGUGUGGCACUGCACCAUCCCUGGUAAGGCCGCGACUGACUGGGAGGGUGGUUACUAUCCGCUCACAAUCCACUUUAGUGAAGACUACCCUAGCAAACCACCAAAAUGUAAAUUUCCCCAGGGUUUCUUCCACCCGAAUGUCUACCCAUCUGGAACUGUUUGCCUGUCAAUCCUCAAUGAAGAUAGUGGAUGGAGACCAGCAAUUACAGUGAAACAAAUUCUUAUUGGCAUCCAGGACUUGCUGAACCAACCCAACCCUGCUGAUCCUGCUCAGACUGAAGGAUAUCACCUAUUUAUUCAGGAUCCUGUGGAGUACAAGAGACGGGUCCGGCAGCAGGCCAAGUUAUACCCACCUCUCGUCUAAACACUAAUUCUGCUUUUAUUGGAGUUGGUUCAUACUUGGUAACGCUUUGGUUACCGCAAUGCAAACUUAAUGACUGAACCCGCAUGUUUUUCUGUUGGUUUGGAUAGACUUCUAUUGAUGCAUGACAACUCAACCAAUUAAUGAUGCUAAUUGGUGUGUUUUAGGAAUGAACUUAAUCUACAUUUAUACUUGUCUCCAUUUAAAGUGAUUGUAAUAAGUGAAGCUCUUACAUUGAAUAAUUAUGAUAUCUCAUUUGAUUGUUAAAAUAAAAUGCUGUGUAGAAUAUGUA